AUGAACAAAGGUUCUGCGGGGGUUGGUAAGGAGUCUCUUUCUGAGGAACUCAGAGAAUUUAACUUUAUUUCUAAAGAGAGAUCCGGAGGCCAGUCUGCCGAGCAGGUGACCCUUGGCGUCAACAACGAUCAACUUCUUGAACAUUUAUGUUGCGUGUUCGGAGUCGACAUUUCUCAACUUUUCUCAGUUGAGAACUUCACCUGCAUGAAGAACGCCAAUAUUACCUUUGCUGUUGCUCGUGGAUAUUGCUCUUUCGGAGGAAUCGACACCCAUGCUGUUCAAAGUCUCACAAACAUCAAAGCAGGAGGACUCAAGGCUGAUACCUAUAUGUUCCCCUGCAGAGGAAAGAACGCCACUUCUCAAGUCGACGAUAUGGUGAAGCAAAUCCCUGGCAAUCUCUACGAGACUAUCUGGAUCGAUGUCGAGACAAACCCAAGUCCUGGAUGUUCUUGGAGUGGCCACGACUCAGCCUCUAACUGCGCCUUCCUUAUGGAGACUGUCAAUGCGAUUAAGGCCAAAGGCAAGAAAGUCGGAAUUUAUGCUUCAAGGUAUAUGUGGGGAACUAUUUUUGGAAGCUAUGACGCAUGUGGACAGGCAUCAGCUGGAAUCCCACUUUGGUAUGCCCACUACGACAACACACCAAGCUUCUCUGAUUUCACGGCCUUCGCUGGAUGGAAGGCUCCUUCCAUUAAGCAAUACCUUGGAACCUCAUCUCUCUGCGGAGCCAGUGUUGACAGAAAUUGGCAUCCUUGA